CACGCUAUUCAAUCACCCCAUUUGUUGUUGCCUGUCUACAGAACACAUAGGUUACAUGGCUCUAAUCGAGACUGAUGUAACCCAGCGACACUGAACUCCCACGUCCUGCGGGUCGCAGUAUCUGCAGAGCUGCUUCUGCCUGCGCUGAACAAAGAUAAUUACUCAGGAAAUGUUUCAGCCAAUCGGCAGCGGCUUUACAUCCUGCCUGUGAAAAGAGGCCACUCAGGGUCUGGCUUCCAUCAGACGGCCGAUCAUCAAGCCUGAACUGCCAAGCCCUUUCUGUCUCAGGACUGAGACUGUCCUCCAUGUUUUAUAAGUAUUGACAUAACACUGUGUUAGCCAUGCAUCCACAGAGUUUGGCCGAAGAAGAGAUAAAAACAGAAUCUGAUGUGGUAGAGGGGAUGGACAUCUCCACACGAUCCAAAGUUUCAGAUCCUGGAUCGGCAGAAAGGGCAGCUCAGAAACGAAAGCUGCCCAGCCCACCACACUCUUCCAAUGGGCAUUCCCCCUCUGACACCUCACCCAGUCCCAUUAAAAAGAAAAAGAAACCAGGCUUAGUUAACAGUAGUAACAAAGAACAGUCAGAACUAAGACAUGGUCCCUUUUACUAUAUGAAGCAGCCACUCACCACAGACCCUGUUGAUGUUGUACCACAGGAUGGACGGAAUGACUUCUAUUGCUGGGUGUGCCACCGAGAGGGUCAGGUUCUCUGCUGUGAACUUUGCCCACGGGUGUACCACGCAAAGUGCCUGAAACUGGCAGCCGAGCCCGAGGGGGACUGGUUCUGUCCCGAGUGUGAGAAAAUAACAGUUGCGGAGUGCAUAGAAACUCAAAGCAAAGCAAUGACGAUGCUAACAAUAGACCAGCUGUCUUAUCUGCUUAAGUUUGCUCUCCAGAAGAUGAAACAACCAGGGGACCAAGCACGCUCGUCUCUCUCCCCCCACGCAGCCGCCCAGCAGAGAAAACCUAUUAAUUGGACGGAGCCAUUUCAGAAGCCUGUAUCUCUGGAACAACACCCAGAUUAUGCUGAAUACAUUUUCCAUCCAAUGGACCUCUGUACAUUAGAAAAGAACAUAAAAAAGAAAAUGUAUGGCUGUACAGAAGCUUUUCUGGCAGAUAUGAAAUGGAUCUUGCACAACUGUAUCAUAUACAAUGGAGGUAAUCACAAGCUUACAGCAACUGCAAAAGUAAUUGUGAAAAUCUGCGAACAUGAAAUGAAUGAAAUUGAAGUGUGUCCAGAGUGCUAUCUGUCAGCUUGUCAGAAGAGGGAAAACUGGUUUUGUGAACCAUGUAGCCACCCCCACCCUCUUGUGUGGGCUAAGCUGAAGGGAUUUCCAUUCUGGCCAGCAAAAGCACUGCGAGACAAAGAUGGACAAGUGGAUGCCCGUUUUUUUGGGCAGCAUGAUAGGGCUUGGGUCCCAAUAAACAACUGCUACCUCAUGUCUAAAGAGAUUCCUUUUUCUGUGAAAAAGACUAAAAGCAUAUUUAAUAGUGCCAUGCAAGAGAUGGAGGUCUAUGUGGAAAACAUCCGCAAGAAGUUUGGUGUUUUCAACUACGCUCCAUUCAGGACACCCUACACUCCCAAUAACCAGUUCCAAAUGCUGCUGGAUCCCUCCAAUCCCAGUGCAGGAACCGUCAAGCCUGAGAAACAGGAGAAGAUUAAGUUCAACUUUGAUAUGACCGCCUCUCCCAAGAUGCUGCUGGGUAAGAGCAUGCUGCCGGGGGGAACAAGCCGAAGAAUCUCCCUUACGGAGAUGCCCCGCUCUCCAAUGAGCACCAACUCCUCCGUUCAUACGGGGUCGGACAUUGAGCAGGACACGUCCGAGAAGAGCAUCAAGGCUCCACCGAGUCACUACAGUGCUGGAGAGGAGUCCAUGGACUGCACAGCAUCCCCUGCCUCUAUGAAGACUGGGCACACAGGUAGCGUGACAGGCAGCCCCAAGCCCUUUUCUCCCCAGGCUUCCACACCCAUCAUCCCAAAGCAGGAGAGGACGUCCACUGGGAGCAUCCUCAACCUCAACCUGGAUCGGAGCAAAGCUGAGAUGGACCUGAAGGAGCUAAGUGAGACAGUACAGCAGCAGUCUGCUUCAGUGGUCCUGACCUCCCCAAAGAGACAGAUCAGGAGCCGCUUUCAGCUCAACCUCGACAAAACCAUCGAGAGCUGCAAGGCCCAGCUUGGCAUUGAUGAGAUUUCUGAAGAUGUCUACAAGGGUGGGGAACCCAGUGACUCAGAGGAUUCAGAGAAAUCGGACUCAAGCGAUAGCGAGUACGUGAGUGAAGAGGAGCAGAAGCUGAAGAAUGGGCAGUAUGAGGCCGACGACAAGGAAAAGCUUGAGAGGGAUUCAAAGAAGAAGAGCAGAACUUCCUCUCAAGGAGAAGUCAAGGAUGGCAAGGCAGCGGGCACGGCAGCGACAGUGACUGAAAAAACGAGCGCAGAACUACAGCCGAAGGAGAAGACAAGUGCCAACUCUGACAAAGAGCCCUCUGAAAAGGCCAAAGCCUCUCAGCACCUGGCUAAGGAGAAGGCCAGCACCAAGGAUGAGGGGAUGGCUGCCUCUGCAGACGCGGACUCUGACUCAGAGCGGGAGCUGGUCAUCGACCUUCGAGAGGACUCCUCAGGCUGGGACCGCAAGAAGAGCAAGAAGGAGCCACCUGUUGCCACCACACCCAAGGACCCUGCUGUCACCAAGCUCGAAGGUAAAGCCCCUGCGUCCUCUAGUGCAGCUGCUCCACCAGUGAGCGAUGGGUCCACGUCAACACCCAGCACCAAAGACCCCCCUCAGUCCUCCAUCACCAUCCCUCUCAAUGUGGUGUCCUUUGCUGCCACCACCGCCCCCACCCUCCUGCCCUCCGUGCCCAGCGUGGCCACCAGUGCGACAGCGCAGCCUGCCACCGUGAAGAAGCAGCGCCCCCUGCUGCCCCGGGAGACAGCCCCAGCGGUACAGCGUGCGGUGGUGUGGAACCCAACCAACAAGUUCCAGACAUCCUCACAGAAAUGGCACAUGCAGAAGGUGCAGCGGCAGCAGCAGAGCCAGCAGCCGGACACACCGACCGAGAGCAGCCCCCAGCAGCAAGCACAGCCACAGUCCACAGCCAUGACCUCCUCAUCGCAGCAGGCCUCCCCUGGCACACGCUACCAGACACGGCAGGCAGUGAAAGGGCAACAGAAAGAGGCACCACAGAGCACAACAUCUUCAGUCACUCUGGUGACUGGAACUCCGGCAGUGUCCAUGAUUUCCACCCCUGGGUCAGUCGGAACUCCCUCUUCUUCCUCCAUGGCCGGUGACUUUCAGAUCAGCACAACCUCAGCAGAUGUAGCAUCAGACAUAGCAAAGUAUACCACCAAGAUUAUGGAUGCAAUAAAAGGAACAAUGUCUGAGAUUUACACUGAUCUCUCUAAAAGCACCUCAGGAAACACAAUUGCAGAGAUUCGGCGAUUGAGAAUAGAAAUUGAAAAAUUGCAGUGGCUACACCAGCAAGAGUUAUCUGAAAUGAAGCACAACCUUGAGCUCACUAUGGCGGAGAUGAGACAGAGCUUGGAGCAGGAGAGGGAGCGUCUCAUCGCAGAGGUUAAGAAGCAGAUGGAGUUGGAGAAGCAGCAGGCUGUGGACGAGACAAAGAAGAAGCAGUGGUGUGCUAAUUGCAAGAAGGAGGCCAUCUUCUACUGCUGCUGGAACACCAGCUACUGUGACUACCCCUGCCAGCAGGCCCACUGGCCUGAGCACAUGAAGUCCUGCACGCAGUCAGGUAACAACACGCAGUCAGCUACUGCCUCUCAACAGGAGUCUGAGGCUGAAGUGACUGCAGAUGUUGGGAGCAAGCCUCCCGGUCAGCCCAGCAGUGCCCAGCCUUCCCCAGCUGACACUGCUGCAGCCCCUGCAGGCAAAGAUUCCAGUGUGGAGAAAAGCAAGGACAGUGCCACUGUCAGUGUGUCCUAACUGCCACACUGCACAGGAUUAUAACCAUUGUACAAUAUCAAAAUAGGAAGCAUCAUUUCCUGUUUUGCCAGUCUGGUAAUGUAGACUGUAGACACUCUAUAAAUCUCAGUAUUAAUGGCCAGAAAAUUAUCCUGCUCACAUCCCCCACACUACUUCACUCCCUCACUCUUUUUUGCCUCAAGUGCGUCCAAAGGUUAUAUUGACGGUCACCGAAUAGGUCGACCAGUGGACAAAGCAAUUGAACUUACAAUCAAACUGAAUUAGUCCUGUACAUGUUAAACUCUGAGGACUUGGAUAAGCAAAUCACUUUUCUGAGCUGCCAAAGACCAAUGUUUCUGUCUUCAGUUCCCCCUCUGGAGGGGCGAGUGAAUUUUGGAGGUUCUGUUCUCUAUGCCCUCUUGUUCAGCUACCCCACUUACCUGGGUCAAGGAGGUAACGGCAUGCGAUGGUAUGCAAAAGAGUGUGUAAAUAUGCCUCCCUAUUACAACCGAAGAAAAAUGUGACAUUCAUAGAUCUGCAGAUCUCAGUGUUUGCAUUCAUGGGUAAAGUCUGUUCAAGAGCUGCACCUAAACCCAAAUAAUAGUACUGCUUUAUGAAUGUGCUGAUGCUGAUAAGGGAUUUCUGAAUAACUGAUUUUAUUGCCAGUCAGGUAAUCUAGCAAGGAAAUAUUCUUCUUAAAAUAAGAAUAAUUUCCCAUUGUUCCAAGGUGGAUUCACCCUGGCAGAAGCCUAAUCAAGCAAAUAGCUGAAUACAAGAGAAGUGCUUUUGUUGUCAGAUUUUAGUCCACUCAUCCAUAAAAUGAAAUCAAAAUGGCAAAAGCAAUGAAUAAUUAAUAGUCAAUAUUUUUAGUGUUUAACAAGGUCAGUUCAAAACAUUCAGAAAGAGACAUUUGUUACACAAUGUCUGUGCUGCUGAUGUAGGUGUAUUUUUUAAAUUCUCUUAUUGGAGAGAUAUUGGGGGUGAGGCCAAAAAAAUGGACUAUAUAUUGCUGAGACAAAAUAUUUUUUCUGUCCGCAGACCUAGCACAGACAAUAGACUAUGUAGAAUAGGCCUUUUUACACCCACCCUUUUCUUUUUUGUUUUCUAUUUAUUUUAAUUUAUACAGCAACAUGGGGUCACAGAAAAAUGCUAUAAGUAUAUUAGUGUGUCUAAAUUAUGCUAUUCAAAGGUUUUUAAGAAGAUUGAUAAACUCGGCAGAACUGUGAAUUAUUAGUCCAGUAUAAAUAACUUCUAAUAGCCUAUUAUUGAAUAUGAAAUAUAUUGAAACUGACUCUUAAGUGUUGGAACCUGGGGUCACAUUUCUAUUCAUUUAUUUUCUAAGGUUUGUAAAGUGCAUUUUAGGACAGACAGAACUGAUCACUUGGAUAGCCUAUCUUUGACUCGGGCCUCUCAGCUUUAACUGUUAAUGUUAAUGCAGUUUAAAGUAUAUACAGGAUGGGUAAUUGGAGGCAAACAGAAGUGGUGGGGGGUGGGGGACAAAAGAAAACAAAUGUGACUGUAUAUUUCUUGUGAACCAAUUUGUGUCUCAGAUUUUGUUGUUUACAUAAUGGAAAUUAAGAUCUAGGGCUCUGAAACAACUGGUCUGUCUCGAGCCUUAUUCUCACGAAUGUACACAGUACUUUCUUCAUGGUCUCUGGAGGAAAACAUAAUGAAAUGAAAAGCAUAGUAAUGGCAUGCUAGUAAAAUGUAGGAGCAAGGGAGUGCUUUAAUCAGCACAGUUACAGUAUGGAGCUUGAGGAAAAGAUCUGCUUUAAAAUGGUUUUUAAUAUGGGUGAUAUCGACACCAUUAUUACAAAUCAUACGGGCGGACAUGAUUUGUAAAAUAACGUGUGCUGUACAGUAUUUACAAAGAUACUUUGACUUUUGGAGGGUACAAUUGUUCUUUGCUCUUGUUUCCUAUCAGGUUUCAGAAAAUGGCUGUGAAUGCAGUAUUGACUGUUCAGCAGUGUUGGGGUAAAAAAAAGGGGGUUUUGUUGCCAUCUGCAGGUCAUUUCAUUUCCUACACUUGUUCUUGUUGAUGUUAAUGCUGUCAAUGCAAUAAAUGCUGUAUAUUGUUUGGAAUGGAGGGGGCAUUCAAUAGCUGUGAAAACCCAGCAUAUUGGUAUCCAUUUUGGGCACAAUAUUUCAAUAUGAUCAUUGUAUCUACAGAUAGCAUUCAUUUUGGCUCACAGAAGUGGUUAAUCCACAUGUUGGCGGAUCAGUGCAGAAUGUUCAAAUACAGCACUCAUUCCCACCAUAAAAUUUGUGAAUGAAUGAGUGGUAACGGGGAGGGUGUAUGCUUGCAUUAAGAGCAGAAACUGAUGUAAAGAUAUGCAUACCUAUAUUAAUGUGAACUUCUGCUCUGAUGGUGUGGAUGGUAAGACCAUGUACUUGUAUAUACAUCCACAAGUUACACUACAUUGUAUAGUAUAGAACCCUUUUUAUUGAGUGGGGAUGUUGUGGUACUCAUUGCUUUUAAAAAAAAUAUUUUGUAAAUACUGUAAGGUGCUGUUUUUUGAUCUCAUUAAACAUACACUAUAUUUCAUCUUC